GGUGGGCGGGGCCGUGCCGCGGCCGGCGGCGGCCGGAGUCGGGUGGUGCGCGCGGGCGCGGCGGCUGCAGCCCCGUCCCGGAGCCGGAUCCUCGCCGGGGCCCGGCGGCCGCCGGCCCUCACGGAGCUCCCUCGCCUCCUUCUCCUCCUCCUCCUCCCCCGCUCGCCGCCCCCGGGAGGCGCCGCAGGGCUGGGGGGGCCGCCGCCAGCUGUAUGCUUCUGCUUCUCACCGUCACCUGUGGGCACUCCACUGAACUCAAUUCGACUUGCUAAAGGAACAGAAAGUUCAUCCAGUGAAGAAGCAAAGGUUUUAGCAGUAAGUUGGCAACUCAGUGAGGAGUCCUGCUCGUAAGCACUGGAACCAGCACAAAGGAAGGAAUCAGACCUGGGCGCCAUGAACGUGGUGGGGGCAGAGAACUGUGCAGCAUCCCUGUCAGUAAAGUGCAUUCUUCGAGAGAGGAUGGGAGUAGCGGUGCAAAGAUGAACAUGCGUGUGCCUACAGAUAGCCGCCGAAUGAUCACUGCUCAAAACAGUAGCCAUACCAAGGGAACAAAGAGGAAACACAUGAAUGAAAUUGUGACCAUGCACUGAACAGCACAGCAUCAAGCGCCAAGCUCUGGGAAAAUGUCUGCUUGCAACACUUUCACUGAACACGUCUGGAAACCUGGUGAAUGUAAGAACUGCUUCAAGCCAAAAAGCUUGCAUCAGUUACCCCCAGUAUCUGAGAAAAAAACCCUCUCGCAUGGCAAUCUGAAAACCAACGCAAACCAAAGUAACAGCCAUCGUGGUGGAAACAAAGGAAACUUCCGACCGCCUGUGGCAAAGAAACCCACGAUAGCUGUGAAGCCCACCAUGAUGGUGGUAGAUGGGCAGGGUGUAUGUGGCGAAAUCAGCGCGACGGAUCAUUGUGAGAACAAAUCGGUGCCCCCAGGCUGGAACCGAAACAAAGCUGUCUUGAACAAAAAACCACUGAACAAUAAUAAUGAAGAUGAAAUCGAAGGUUAUAGCCAUGUUCACAGGCCUUAUGGCAACAACGAUGGUGUAGGUAAGAUACCAAAUAAUAAUAAUAAUGGACUGACAGAAGUUUUGAAGGAGAUUGCAGGUUUGGAUACCACACCUCAGCUAACUGGAAACAAAAUGAACUCGAGAGAAACCUUCUUGGGAAGAAUAAAUAAUUGUUAUAAAAGAUCAUUAGAAAGAAAGAUCCCUCCAAGCUGCAUGAUGGGUGGAAUGAAGGAUUCGCACAGUAAGCAUGUUAUUCUGAGUGGAAGCACUGAAGUAAUAAGUAAUGAAGGUGGACGUUUCUGUUACCCUGAAUUCUCCAGUGGAGAUGAGAGUGAGGAUGACACGUUUUUUGGCAGCAUGCAGGAAGAGCAUGAGAGCUGGGAUGAAAGUGAUGAAGAGUUGCUAGCAAUGGAAAUUCGUAUGAGGGGCCAACCUCGCUUUGCUAAUUUUCGUGCUAACACCCUGUCUCCUGUUCAGUUCUGUGUUGACAAAAAAUGGAACACUGUGCCCCUUAGGAACAAGUCUCUUCAGCGGAUCUGUGCGGUCGAUUACGAUGAUAGUUAUGAUGAAAUUUUAAAUGGUUAUGGGGAAGAGACUGUGAUUCUUUAUGGGCAAGAGAGCAUGCAGAGCAUGGUAUCUUCUGAUUCUACAUCUCCUGAUUCUUCGCUGACAGAAGAGUCUCGUUCUGGAACAACCAGCAGUUCUUCACAGAAACUCUGUAAUGGAGGAUUAUCUCCUAGCACUCCUCAGGACCUCAAAUUGAUCGAACCAGAAUAUGAAAGUCUCUGUGUUAGUCAGCAAGUGAAGGAUGCGUCAAAACCUUCCAGAAAUAUUCCAAAGAGCCUAGAAACCCACAAGGCAGUCCUUGCUCUUCGACUGGAAGAGAAAGAUGGCAAAAUUGCUGUACAGACAGAUAAGCAAGAGAAUAAAAGUUCUUCAGAUGUUACUGGUCAAGCUGUAACUAUCAACUUGGUGCCUGUGGAAGAGCAAGCUAAACCUUACAGGGUGGUGAACAUGGAACAACCAGUUUGCAAGCCAUAUACUGUAGUGGAUGUAUCAGCUGCCAUGACCAAUGAAUGUAAGGAGAGUCCAACUGAAACCUCAGAAACCAAAAAUGCAUCAUCUAACCCAAGUUCACCAGUAACUCCAGGCACGCCUGUUGCAUCCUCUGCAGCAUCACCUGCACGAGUCAAUGCUAAUCUGAAAAAAUCCAGUGCAAUCAGAUAUCAAGAAGUGUGGACUUCUAGUACUAGUCCAAGACAGAAGAUACCUAAGGUAGAGUUAAUUGCUAACAGCUCAGGACCUUCUGUUCCUCCCAGGAAGACAAGCUACAAGUCAGCUCCUACUUCGCCUACAGCUACAAACCUUUCCUCAAAAACUAUCCCAGUUAAGUCUCCAAAUUUAUCUGAGAUAAAAUUCAACAGCUACAAUAACGCUGGCAUGCCGCCUUUUCCUAUUAUCAUUCAUGAUGAGCCCACUUAUGCUAAGAGUUCCAAAAAUGCUAUUAAGGUUCCUAUUGUAAUCAAUCCAAAUGCAUACGAUAACCUGGCUAUCUAUAAAAGUUUUCUAGGGACCAGCGGAGAGCUAUCCAUCAAAGAUAAAACUACCAGUGUAAUAAGCCACACAUAUGAAGAAAUAGAAACAGAAAGCAAAAUGACUGAAGCUAUAGGGAGCAAACCCAGUGAAUUUUCCCAAGCGAAGGGGGUAACUAGUAACACCGAAUGCAGGCUGGGUUCUGUGGCUCAGAAGGUCCAAGAGUUUAAUAGCUGCCUCAGUAAAAGUCAGAUAUCACCACAGAGAAGUCAUAGUUCUGACCACAGCUCCCCAUCAAGAAUUCAAAAGACAACCCAAGAGCCAGCAGAUGUGACAUCGGAGGCUUCUGUUGGCAACAGCAGUAGAGAGAAUGCAAGCACGGUGCUUUCACAGAUUGUGGCUUCCAUCCAGCCUCCGCAGUCUCCGCCAGAAACGCCUCAGUCUGGACCCAAGUCUUGCAGUGCAGAAGAACUGUAUUCCUUACCCCCUGAUGCAGAUGCUACUAAAAACACCCUGGUACGACCCAAAUCUCUUUUUACAUCACAGCCUGAAAUAGAGCCAUCCAAGACAACGGAAAACACAGCCGUUAAAAUGCAGAAAGAUACGCUAUCACAGCCGGUCGCCACCCAUUCUCCAAAGCCAGUGAGAGGCACCCCAAAUACCACAAGUCCCAAAACAGAGCAAGCACCGCCAUUUCCUCCUCCACGGUCCACAUCUUCACCCUAUCACGCAAGUAACUUGUUGCAAAGACAUUUCAGCAACUGGACCAAACCAAAUAGUCCCACCAGGUCAACGGAGGCUGAGUCAAUCCUUCAUUCGGAAGGUCGACGAGCUGCUGACGCAAAACCCAAGCGCUGGAUAUCGUUUAAGAGCUUCUUCCGCCGCAGAAAAACUGAUGAGGAGGAAGACAAAGAGAAAGAAAGAGAAAAAGGAAAAUUGGUGGGUCUUGAUGGAACUGUAAUACAUAUGCUCCCUCCUCCUCCAGUUCAGCGUCAUCAGUGGUUCAGCGAGGCAAAAUCAGAGACCAGUGAGAAGCCAUCAAUUGUUUUCAUGUAUAGGUGUGAUCCAGCACAGACUGAACCAAAGGUUGACCAGCAAUACAAGAGCGGAGUGGAGUCUGCUAUUGCUGAUGCACUAGCAAAAGACAAAGGAGAAAUACAGGAAAAGUCUCCGGAGAGCUUGGAACAGAAAAUAAUGAGCCAUUCAUCACCACCUCUGAUUCCGAAGAAAAUCCCCAGCACAUCAGAACACUGUGGAAUCAAUGGCUCGCCAGAGUUUCAAGACAUGAUUAAAAGACUCAAGAAGGCCCUGAAAGAAUUUCCUUUAAUGGGGAAUUGUGUGAGUGAGUAUAGUGGCCAAGUGCCCGAUGACACGACACUGGAGGAUUUGUCCCCUCGUGUUCCUAGAGCCGUGUUUGUGAAGCAGGACAAUGGCGGCAGCGCCUCGGUCAUACCUGUAUCGACUGUCCGUGUCCCACUGGGGGAGGAAGACAAGGAAGAAGCUUCACAAUCUCCCGACUUAAAUCCUUGCAGUGCUACAUACAGCAACUUAGGACAAUCCAGAGCAGCCAUGAUACCUCCAAAACAGCCAAGGCAACCGAAGGGAGCAUUGGAUGAUGCCAUUGCCUUUGGAGGACUAGUAGAUCAGGAGACAACAAACAGCUUACAGCCAACACCACCUCCACUGCCGAAAAAAACAAUUUUGAGAGCUAACACAGAGCCAAGUCCCAGAGAUCUCCAGAAGCAGGCUCUUGAGAACAAUCUGUGCAUUGUGGCCAACCCCACCUACGACAUCGACACCCACUGGGAAGCAAGCAGUGCCUGCUCUUCAGUCAGCUUGGAGCUCAAGGUGCUGGACAACGAGUCGGGAGAUUCCUUGGACAGGCCUACAGAAAAGUUAAGGACGACCACCUCAGCAACUAACAGUGUUUCCAGCCUAACCACUAUCAGUAUUAGGGACCGGUGUUCCAAUAGCAUGGAGUCUCUGACGGGGAGACGCAUCUCGCAGACUAAGCAGGGCAAGGGUGUCCAGAAGCCGCAAAGGCAAGCACUUUAUCGAGGAAUUGAAAACCGAGAAGAAGUGGUAGGUAAAAUCCGAAGCCUUCACACCGAUUCACUGAAGAAGCUGGCACUUAAAUGUGAAGACUUGUUCAUGGCCGGACAAAAAGACCAGCUGCGGUUUGGAGUUGACAGCUGGUCAGAUUUCAGGCUAACCAGUGACAAGCCGUGUUGUGAGGCAGGCGAUGCAGUUUACUACCCAGCUUCUUACGCAAAAGAUCCUCUCAACAAUUAUGCAGUCAAGAUUUGUAAGAGCAAAGCUAAGGAGUCCCAGCAGUAUUAUCACAGCCUGUCUAUCCGGCAGAGUCUGGCUAUCAACUUUAACAUCCAGCAGGACUGUGGCCAUUUCCUUGCUGAAGUCCCAGUUCGCCUCCUUCCAUGGGAGGAUCCUGAUGCACCAGAGGUUGAAGAAGAAGAAGAUCAAGAAGAAGAAGAGAAAGAACCUGAGCAAAAGAACAGAGAUGCUUCUUCCAAUACAGAGGCUUCACAGAAGGACAGCUCAAGUAAUCAGGGGACCAUCAGCAAGCCUCGCAGCCGUGUCGUAGUCAUCACGCGGGAGGUUCCGUACUUAACUGUGGCUGACUUCGUGCGAGAGUCUGCACCCCGCCAUGCAAAAAGCCCAGAUUUGUAUGAGAGGCAGGUCUGUCUCCUCCUUUUACAGCUGUGUUUGGGGCUGGAACACCUGAAGCCUUAUCAUAUCACACACUGUGAUCUGCGGCUAGAGAACCUGCUGCUGGUUCAUUCCAGGCCAGGAGGCAGCCCCCUGGGCUCUGAGUCCAUGGAGCCCGGUCCCAACACGGCUUGCCCCGCCAGGUUAAUAGUGAGCAACUUCUCGCAGGCCAAGCAGAAGAGUCAUAUGGUGGAUCCUGAGGUCCUAAGGGAUCAGUCCCGCCUGGCUCCAGAAAUCAUCACUGCCACACAGUACAAAAAGUGUGAUGAAUUCCAGACUGGCAUCCUUAUCUACGAAAUGCUGCACUUACCCAAUCCCUUUGAUGAGAAUCCAGAGCUGAAGGAGAAGGAAUACACUCGUGCUGAUCUCCCCAAGAUCCCUUGCCGUUCUCUCUACUCUCAAGGGCUUCAACAACUUGCCAGCUGCCUGCUAAAUCCCAACCCUUCAGAGAGGAUCCUGAUAUCAGAAGCCAAGGGAAUCCUUCAGUGUUUGCUUUGGGGUCCACGUGAGGACUUAUUUCAUGCUCUGAGAACAUCUUCCAACCCAGCUCGGAGAGAUGCUGUCCUUCAGAACUGGCUGGACAUCAAAAGGACGCUGCUGAUGAUCAAGUUUGCAGAGAAGUCCUUUGACAGGGACUGUGGAGUUAUUCUGGAAGACUGGCUUUGUUGUCAAUAUCUGGCUUUUGCCACUAUAGACUCACUUCAUCGCAUUGUGAGAAUCAUGCAGCAGCACUAGUUUGUAGAACCUGUUGCUUUUCGUGAAGCACCUCCACCCCAGCCCACACUCUAACCUGCGCUAGGGCUCACACUUUGAACAAGUGUUUCAACAAAGGCCUAGAUAUCAAAGCCAGCAACUCUGAGCAAAUAAGUUCUGAUUGGAGAAAUUGCAUCCCGUACCCAAUGUGGCAGAAACUUUACUUUUUUGCCAGGCCUCUUAGGGAUUAAUUUUAUACACUCGACUGCAUUUGUAUCAGACACUUUGUAACUAGAUUAAUAUCUGGAUGAAAAGGAGAGCAAACUUUGAUACCACUAUUUCUAUCACUGCAGUAAACAAAUCGCCCUCCUCUUCUGGGUAGUUUCUGUCAUUUCUGUAUGUAGCAUUGGUAGUGAGUAGCAGUGACCAUUAGCAGAGAUGGGAGUUGUACAUGGGAGAUAAAUGACCCACGUUGCCCCGUGCCACAAAACACUCCACUGCCUUCAAUCCCCAUCCCAGGCAAAAUUUUCUCUCACCUUAGACCCCUUACCGUGGGGCUGGACUCCUCUUCCCUUUGGUCUCAACCAAAUGGUUUCUGAUCUUUCUGUUACGUUUUAUGCCUUCUUUUUUCCUUGCAGAUAUGGUUAUCCUGCUGAUUGCAGCAAUGUUGGCGGACAGUAAGCAUCUGUGUUCUGUCCUCUUCCCUCCUCUGUCCCUGACUUGCUGCCUACCCAUAUCCUUUCUAAUCACAGAUCCUUGAUUUCAACCAUGCUGCCUUAAUUGGACCAUUAUCCUUAGCUUAAGACCUCUGCAUUAAGAAGCAGAAUAUGCACGCUUGGUCUUUCCCAUUUCCCCUACGUGACACUUGCCAGUCUGGACAGUUGAUGUACUGUAGCUAUAAUUCUGUUUAUACCAGAAAAAUGCAACACACAGUGGGCAAUUGAAAUUCCCCUUCCAUCGCAAACGGCACUAACGCCUGACUUGAAAUGGAUAAGAUGUACAUAACCUUCUCUGACAAUCACUGCUGUGAACUGGGGUUGAAAAUAACAACCACCUUUUCUGUUUUAUUUUGUUUUGCUCUUGUCACUUGUGCCAUAUUGCAAAAUGGGACUGAAAUUGGCUCUGCUGGUAUGUUGGCAGGAGUUAGAAAUGCUUAGAGCUUGUCUGUGUGUAGCUCACAGGCCACAUGGAAACACUUUUACUGCAGACACAGUUCUCUGAAGGGUAAAAACAAGGGGGCAAAAACACUGUUGUUUAAUUAUUGAGGGAGCUGUUAAGUUUGGCAGCCACAACUAUAACAGUAUCGUGAUCCAUUUUUCCCACAGUGGUGUUUGGCUGCCUGUCUCCUGUCUGCUGUAACUAGUGUUUUCUCAUGUUGCUACAGACAACACCCUAAAAAUGGCAUGUUGUCAAAAUAGCUCAAAGAGCAUUGCAGACAGGUUUUGGACUAGAGCAGGAAUAAUUGAGUAUUAAAGAGACAAAAUUAAAAAAAAAAAAAUCAACCUGAAGGAGCUUUUCACUUUUAGAGGCAGCUGCUGACUUUCUUCCCUGGCCUAAUGGAUGUUUCCUACAGAACCGCUGCAGUUGUACAGACAUUAUUUUUGCUCAGUAUUGCUAGGCUCUGAAUUGUUUCCUGAAUCACUCUGAAGAAUUCAUUUGGAUGCAGAAGAAAAAGCGAUACUGAAUAUUCUGACCCAGGGGAUGGAAAGCAGACAGCCCUAGUUAUGAGCCUGUGCUUCUCUUCUAUGGAUCUAUGUGCAAUUCUUGUAUGUAUUUUUUAAAGCUGUACAUUACAGUGUUCACUUUACACACCAGCCUUUACCUGAUGCUAGAUCUGCAGCCCCUUCCUUUUACUUUCCCGGCACAUAAAUGCACAGAUAUCCAUGUGUUCUUUUUAUGGAUUGAUAUUUCAUUUUAAUUGUUAAAACUGUGAGGAAUCAAUUCACUUCAGCCUUGAAACAAAUAGCCACUUUAUACAGCAUAUGCAUGUUUGGACCAGAUGCAUGGAAACUGAACAAACAGUCCUGCAGGCUUAAGGUCAGCGAAACUAGCUCUGGAUCCACACCAUUCACUCGGAGGGGUUGAAAUUUCCGUAUUAAUCUUCUCUGGCAUCUAUCAGAGCUAAGCGGAAUAGCGUGUAGAAGCCUACAUCGAUUGUGCCAUAGUAUGUAGACAGUCUCUGUGACCUUUCUAAAGACUUUUUGAAACUUCUGAUGAUUAUUCUUGUGUUUGAUUCACCUGUAUCAGUGAAGGAUCAGGCAAGGAUAAGGAUAAUAUAUUUUCAUGUGAUAUAUAUUUUUUUCUUUCUCUUUUUGGCAAGAAGGUCAGGAUGGCAGCAUUGACUGGGGGGGGAGGGAAGGGAGGAAGAGGACAGUGCUUUAAAAGCCCAAGUGCAAUGUGUGUAGUUGAGGUACUUCACUACAUCAGGAAAGAAAGUUUCUAUACUACUGCUGAGCAGCUUGUAGAACCUUUAAAAGAAUCACGCAUGUGUUCAGUGCAGCUUUGCUUUCUCUGGAGACAGGAGGGCAAUACCCUCACAGCUUAAGUACACUGAGCAUGACAAGUCACACGCGUACUAUCUGCUAGCUACUAGUCACAAUGUGUUGAGCUAAGAGUAGGGCUUCUUGUUCUCUGUAGUCUGGUUUUGUGUUCGUUUCGUAGUGCCUGUGUGCACACAACUUCUCACCUAGCUCAUAUAGGCUGUAUGAGCAGUUCUUGGACCACUUGCCGUUGUAGUGGGCUCGUUCCCUGAGGCUGGUAGGUUUCCGUGUUUACGGACAUGUGUUCUCAGUCUCACUUUCAUGUCAACACGCACAUGCAAAGUUGAAUUUUGAAUGUUUUACAACCAUACGUAUUUAAUGCAGCUGGUCCAAAGCCUUCGUAUCUCUAGCUAUCUAAUUUCAGUUAGUGUUUUUUGUGAUGAACCAAUACUCAUUUUAACUCUGCAGUAUAAUCAAGCAUGGAUAGAUGUUCACUACCAAUCUCUUUCUUGUGCAGCACUGGGUAAACUUUAGUAAUUUGUAAUGUUGUGUGUGUUUUCUUUAAAAAAGAAAGAAUGAUCAAAGAAGUCAAACACAAUCUGGCCUGAGGUAUUCCUCAGGGGAGCUAGCGGCUGACUUUGCAGAUGUGCCCAUAACUGAUGAUUGUAACUGUUUGUGGUAGUCCUCCAUCCUAGCAACAGAUUAUGCCACAUAAAUAUCUGAGAAUGUAUGCAUUAAACUGAUUGUAAACAAAUCCUAAGAAUGCUACAGCAUAAUUGCUAAGCAAAAGGAAAAAAACCCGCUCUGUAGUUGGGAUCCUGUGUAGGACAGGAACAAAACCCCUGGCUGUGCAUGCUUUAACUUCCAUGACUAUGUGCACAGAUCUUGAAUUUUUUUUAGCAGUGUCGCACUUUCAGUUGAUCUCAAGAAAUAGGAAGAGCUGCAAAUCUCAGAUAACAGUAUUGACUGUAAAUAUAUAUUUUUCUAUUAAUAAAAGCUGUCGUUCACAUAUUUUUAACAUGAACUCUAAAGUUUUUUCCAGUGGAAACUAAUUUCUGGAAAAUCAAAUGCUUGCUUGAACUAUGUUGAGUGGUUUCUGAUCCUAUUAGAGCCAUUAAAAACCUCUCUAAUGUUACAGAGAGAGCACAGUGAUUGGAUUCACAACAUUUAGUGCCUUGUCAAAAAAAAUUAAAAUGAAGCUGGUCAGUUGGUAGAAAUCUUAUUCUUCCCAUAAUAGCCCUAUAAAUAAUACUGCCUAUGUUAAGAUGCAAAAGACUUGAAAAAAUUAAAAGCUGUACUUCAUACAAUACUGAGCUGACCUUUUCAAUAAAAUCUUUUUCUGGAGUUUCAGUUAUUUGAACAGGUUCCUUUAAAUUGCUUGUAGUACAGCAGAAACCUGAAUAACCACCGAAAUUGUGGGCUUUCAAGUUUGGAACGUAAUCUGCACAGGGAGAAUAAUAUACCAAGUUAAUUGGUCCAGACUGACUCCUGCAUCAAAACAAGUCUAAUGCUUUGACAAUCUACUGCACGCGCUCGGCUUCUAGGAGAGGAGGAAUCAGAAGGAGGUAAGGUGUGCUGCUCCUGAUGUAAGUAGUGGAUGUGCUGCACACCGCACUGUGGUGUGAAAUGCAAAUCUCUAGUAAAAGAGGAGUUCUGAAAAAAAUAUUCCUGAGGUGUUAUGGAAAAUGGGUUUGUUCUGUAUUUCUUAAAUUGGAAUUACUUAUUCACUAAUUAGCUUUCAGGCCUCAGAUCUGCUCCAGUCAGUACGCAGAAGCAGAACCAGCUGAGAUAAAGAGAAUCAAUUAGUAAAACCUUAGCUAGAAAGUUUCAGGAAUGAGGGAAUCCAGAAUUUUGUUCUGGAGCCUCAAGACUGUCCAGUAAAGAGGCCUGGUCUCUUUUCAAUAUUCAGACCUGAUUAAAUCAACAACUCAAACUAGGAUACUGUGCUGCUGGCCUGCAGACAAGAAUGCACAUAUCAUUUACAAAAAUACCCCACCUUAAAUCUUGUAUGCUCCACACAUCCCAGCAGCACCCACAAGGUAUGAAUGGAUCAUCUUGGCAUUUUAACACAGGGGAAUUCCAACGUACUAGAGAGAAAAAUGUAUUAUUUAAAUAAAUCAGAUGUGUGCUAGCAAUCAGCUGCUUGGAGAAUUCAUUCAGCAGCUUCCCACUGUAGGGCCCUAACUUUAGUAUGUAAAAAUAGUAUUUGCUGCUGAAUGAAAUGUAUGUUUCUCAAUUCUUGUGCUGAGAAGCCCCACCUAAAUUAAUAUAUUUUUUGUUUGUAAUAACAAAUUCAUAUGUAAAUAUAAAUUAAAUAAUCCUGUUAUUAUUUAAAUCAGUUGCAACUUUAGUGAGGGAUACAAUGGAAACUGAAUCAGACCUUUUAAUGCACUUUCAUUUCCCCUUUACCCCAAACAAGAAUUAAAAUGUCUGUUUCUCUGUAGAAACAGCCUAUGACUGUUAAACUGUUACUUGGUGCGUGACUGGGCCAUCUAUUUAGCUCUGAUUUUGCAAAGGUAGUGUUGGUUCUGCUAAAACACCUAUAAAACUUCGAGCACGAUCAGAGCCCUUCAGUCCAUGUGUAGAGAGAUGUGAUGAUGAUUUAGUUAUGCAGUAAGAUAACAUCAAAGAAGCGCAGAAUAGAAUUUUAAAUACCUCUUUAAUAACAGGCCUGUGGAAAUACUCUGUAAACAAUCAUCUGGAUUCCUAACACACAAAAAAUACUUUUCAGAAGAAAUACUAAGGAGACGUUUCUUUAGGGGAGCCUCAACUCCAAAAGGAGGAACGAGUCUUUGCUGCUGCUGAGUUGCAGUGAAUUUCUGAUAGAUAUUUGUAUAGAUUUUACUAUUCACCUGGAUGCAGUAUUAGAAGGAUGGUGGUUUUGAACAGACGUAGAAUGUAAUUUAAAUAAUUUCCUAUAAGCCUCCUUGCGUUGGUGCUCCACUCAGCAUUUAGUUGGAAACCACAGAAUGCUUUCAGAUCAAGCAGAGUUGCCAGUCAGAAAUGAAAUACUCAGCUUACCUGUACAUUAGCAUUUUACCAUUCUACAGAAUUUAAGAAUUUGGACUGAACUUCAGAUUGCAAAAAUUACUUUUUGCAUACACCCAAGGGGAAAAUUUCAGGGAUUUAGAAAAGGAUGGAAUUUUUUUUUAUGUGGAAGAAAUAUAUGUUCACAUAUAUACAUGAAUAUAUGAGUGUGUGUGGGCACAUUCAUAUAUGUAUGUAUGUAUAUGAAAUUUUGUAUCCUAAAAAUAUUCUUUGCCCCUUCCCAUUUGCAAAUAUAUAUAUUAUAUAUUGUAUAUAUAAUAUAUAUUUAGGGCUGUGUCAGUUUGAAUCUAGUCAUUUCAUAAAGAACACUUUCAAAAUUGACUAACCUCUGUUUCUUUAUCAUUUGGCUUGUUGGUAAUAGCAGGUUUUGCAGUUGAAAUCCUUGGGUUUUUUUCUUUUAAAACUUAAUUAUGCUGAGCAUUUAAGAAUAUGUUCUUGUUUUUAAUAGAAGGGGGGGGAAGUUAUUUUUAAUUAGGGAUUCCAAAAUUGAUGAUCUUUUAUAAACGGGAUUUCUUUAAAAGACCUUGAAUAAGGGAUUUAUUUUUCUUUAAUUUCAACUCCAUUCUUGUGGGUAAUUUGUAUUUGCAAUUCCUGGUUGCAUUGCUUUAUCUGGUGCUUCAUAUUGACAUUUACACAUUUUUAUAUAAGUAAGUAUAUAAACUUCAAGCCUUCCUUUGUGAUCAGGGGCAGUUACACUCUGGUUUGCUGUGGUACUUUGCUGUGUACUCUGUGGCAUUCAUGUUACUGUGUAAAUAAACUAGUUUUAUUACACUCAAA